GGAGAGAUGUGUCUUUCGUUAGUCGUUGACGUUCGCUAUCCACUUUGAGCAAGGCAAGACUAGGGUAGCCUAAAUAACCUUAGACCGCUGACGCGGGAGAGUAAAGAAGCAGCCUAGCAUGGGUGCUGGCUGCUGUAAAAAUAUUCCGGAAUUUAACCCGGACGGCGCGCCCAAGGAUCCGCAAACAAAGGAGCAAAAGAAAGAGGAUGCCAUCGAGCUUCGCCGAGCCGCCCGUGCUGCCGACUGGCAGCAGAUGCGCCUGCUGCUGCGCCGGAUGCCGCUGCAACAGAUAUGCAGCGGCGCCAAGAGGGACGAAGGGCUCGAAGAGGAGACCGGCAACACAGCGCUUCACUUCUCCGUUUCCAUCAACCACCUACGAGGUGUGCGCAAGCUGUUGCGCUACGGUCUGCCUCCCAACAUCCCCAACCAAGCUGGCCGCACGCCGCUACAUGCGGCCCUGGAAGGAGGCAAGCUCAAAGCUGCACGGGUGCUAAUGGAGCGGAGUGAGGAGGCACGGGCGAAGGCGGCCAAACCGAUACCUGCCCUCGUAAACCAGAAGGACGCCUCCGGCGUGUCCCCGCUGCUGAGUGUCGUGUCAUCAGGCCGCCUGCGCCUGACGAAGGAGGUGCUGGCGUUGGCCAAAGAUCUGGGCUGUGAGGUGGAAUGGGGCACACGAGACAAGGAGGGAAACAGCUUGCUGCUGUAUGCUGCCAAAUGGGGCUGGUUUGAGGAGCUGGAGGCGUGGUUGGGCCGGGCGGCGGCUACAGCGACGUUGGUGCUGAACACGCAGAACAAGCAGGGCGAGACGGUGCUGGGCCACGUCCUCCACUUCGCCGCCUCUGGCCUACUGCCGCCGGUGCGCUGCGGCCCGCUCGUGAUACGGCUGCUGGCGGCGGGCGCACUGCCCAACCUGCCCGCCUUCCCCGAGCGGGUGCCGCUGCUGAACCUUGCAGCCGCGGCGAACGACAUGGGCGUCUAUGAGGUGCUCGUGAGAAAGGGCGCUGAUCCCCUAACGUGCAAGGACGCCCUAGGCAGGACUCCGCUGCACUACGCGGGCGCCAAGGGUGCUUGCACCGUGGCCGCAGACCUAGUCGGCAAGGGACUCAAGGUGUAUGUACGGGACACCCAGGGCAACACGCCGCUGCACCUGGCAGCCAUGCGCGGCCAGAGGAAGGCGGUUGCGCUGCUGCUGGAGCGAGCAGAUGACAAGAAGAAGGCCCUGCUGACCCCCAACAAGUCCGGCCUGUCGGCUUACCAUCUGGCUCUCAAGGCUGGUCCGGAUGACGAGGCACAGGACAACUCCCUCAGCCUGAUAGACACGCUUGGAGAGGACUUUACCAUACCCGUCAUUGGACGCGGUAAAGCGGUCGUGGACACCCCGCUGCUGCUGGCCAUCUCCGGACAUCAGGAUCGCGUGGUCAAGGCUCUCUUGGGCAAGGGCCUAUCCCCCAACGAGGCCAACGUGCGCGGAGAGCUGCCGCUGGCCCGUGUCCUAUCAGCCGCCACCGCGGCAACUUACGAAAACGACGCAACCAUCUUCGAUGCACUCAUCGGAGCAGGCGCCAACAUGGACGCGGCCAGCGAGACAGCGCACCCGCUGCUGGCCGUCUGCAAGAACAACCUAUCGAAGUUUGCGGAGAAGGCGGUGGGGGUGCUGACGGCGCGCUGCGGGGUGCUGAACUGGGACAAGCGGGAUGAGAAGGGCUACACGCCGCUGGCGCUGGCGGCGUAUCAUGACAACGCCUGGCUUGUGAGGUACCUUAUCGAUGAGGUCAAGGUGGACCCCAACGACGACUCCCAGCGGUCCGCAUCCACCGCCCCGGAGGUUGUGGGCACCACCGGCAGCCUGUGCUGCACCAAGCAAAUCAUGAUGCCCGGCACGGUGGAGGGCCAGACGCCGCUCAUGUGCGCGGCCAAAGGGGCCAGUGUCGCAGCAACACAGCUCCUGCUCAAUCGAGGAGCCCGUACGGACGCUGUGGACGCCACAGGCCGCACCGCGCUGCAGCAUGCCAUGCACAUGGACCGGGCGGCCUCACUGCAGGUGGCGGCGGCACUGCUGCAGAUGGGCGCUGCGCCUGGUCAGGGAGUUCGUGUGAACGGCCCCGAAGAGUGGAAGGAGUGCAUUGACUUGGUGGGGGAGAGCUGGCCGCACCGGGCCGUGCGUUACGGCGUGGCCGGUUUCUUGCCCCUUUGGCAUUGCUGUGGCGGCAAGUUGGAGCUGCUGGCAACCACCGCGGAUGAUGCGGAUGACAUGCCGGGUGCCGAGGUGGGCGAGGAGGAGAAGGCGGACUUCCUGGACCUGCCGGCGCUCCGUGUGGCCCGGGCGGUGGAGGAGGAGGAUGAGGAACUGGCGGACGACUACAACGGGGAGGACAGCGAGAAAGCUGCAGACCAAGACGACACGGAGGGCCAGAAGCAGCAGCAGCCCGCUGCCAAGCCCGCUGGAGCCGUGGGAGAGGCAGCUGAGCACGCCGGCGGCUCCUCCGAUGAUGACGACUGCGGGGAGGAUCAUGAGCUAGCGGAGCUCAUCGCUGCCGGGCAGGUGGAGAGCCACUACAGCGGUCCCAGCCCCCGCAUGAUGCUGCGGUGGCGCCGGCGCGGCGCGGCGUGGUGGGAGGACUUCUGGGUUGACGCCGACUCGCUGCCUGACCCGGAGGUGGAGGGGGAGCCGGACUGGGCGGAUAAGUAUGGGCUGUGCGAGGAGGGUGAAGAGUGGCUGGACGAGGAGGAUGUGGAGGAGGAGAUCUGGGAGGCGGUGCGCAAGGAGCAGCGCAAGGCCGCCGAAGCAGCGCGCGCACGGCAGCAGCAGCAGGCGGCAGCCGGGGCCGGUGACGAAGGCGUAGUCCCUCCCCUGACGCCUUCGCUUGUGGAGCGCGUAAGCAGCGGCCUGGCGCAUAAGCUUUUCCGAAGGCGCCUGCCUAACGCGGUGUUUGUGGCGGAGGAGCAGGGCGACGUUGAGGGAAGCGGCUUCGCGGCUGGCAGUCCCAGCAAGUGGCUCCGUCGCAAGUCCUCAAUCGGUAGUAACCAAAACGCCGUCAGCAGCAGCAGCUGCACCACUACUGCUGGACCGAUUGCAGAGGCGCUAGAGGCUGUCGAGGACGUCGAGGACGUCGAGGAUGGCGAGGCUGUCCAGGAGACGGAGCAGCAGAAGGAUGACCCCACGCAGCCGCUGUUCAUGGCUGCAUAUAUUAAGAGCACUGCCGCCGCUUGCACCCGCCGCGUGCGGAACAGCGUUCGUGCCAGGGGAAGCAAGCUGAUGUCAGGCGUCAAGGGUGAGAAGCUCUGGGCUAACGAGCCCUACUACCAGCCUGCGACGCGCUUCCAGGGCAGGCCUGGCUACAUGGACGAUGGUGAAUAUGAUCUGAACGAUGUACGGGUGGGGGAAGAAGUCACGACUUUGUACCACAAGUACGGCGCGCGGCCUGAGAGGGUGUACGACGGCAUGGUACGGGAGUGGGAGGCGCGUGUGGCUGGCUACCGGAUCCCUGAGGACAAGCUGCUGGAGGGGGCGGAUCUGCGCGCGCGCAACAUCAAGUGGUACCACAAAAGCAUGUCGCCAAACGAGUACCCCUUGAAGAUUGGCAAGUGGAAGAGCUUUGCGAAGAUGAGCGCAAAGGCUGUGGAGGAGGCGAAGAAGCGCCGGCCACGCAAACCGAACGAGAAGCCCAAGAUCCGCUCCAAAAAGGCCUGGUUCGGCCUGCCCGACCUGCCCUCCCGUCCCGAGCUGGCGCUCACCUCCCCCCUGGUGUACGCGGUACGGCUGGGCCGGGUGCGCUGCGCCGCGGAGCUGUGUCGGCUGAGCGGUGCGCUGCCCAGCAUGCCGGAUGCGCACGGACACUGCCCGCUGGCCUACGCGAUGUUCAUGUUGGCCAAGGACCGCCACAGCAAGCCCCUGCAGCAGCUGACGGACCUGCUGCUAGCCGCCCGACCGGUGGUGGACAGCGCGAUGCUGUGGCGCAUGACACUGCUGCCGCGACUGAAGAAGGAGCUGGCGGAGGCGGAGGCGAGUGUGGCGGCGAAGGGAGGCAAGGAGAACGUCAGCCGGCGGGAGAGGAAGGAGCUGAUGAAGAAGCAAGAGACGCUGGAAUACCUGGAGAAUGUGAACAAACUUCCGGACAAGGGCUACCGCUCGCGCGACUUCCCCUCCGUGAUGGAGCCGCUGGUGGCCGCGGCGCUGCUCAACGACGUGGGGCGAGCGGCGGUGUUGAUACGCCACUGCGGCGCUAACCCCAACAACGCCUUCGUGUGGCUGCCCGACAUCCCCACCUAUUUCAACGGCAUGUGGGAGAAGCAGGUGGGGCGCUGCCGCAGUGUGGUGGGCCCGCUGCAUGUGGCCAUCGCCGGCAAGAAGUACGCCAGUGUCAGGGCUUUCCUAGACCUGGGCUGCGACCCCAACCUUUGCGGGGCGGAGUUCAGCGGCAAUGUGUCCAAGGACCUGGCGAGGAGGGCCAAGCUGGCGCAGGAGAAGGCGCAACUGGGGAGCGAGACUCGGGAGGCGGCCCGCGACGCUAACCCCUACGCCAAGCUUUGGGCCGACAAGGCCUUGUCCAUCAAGGCCAAGCUGCAGGGCGCCAAGCGCUUCAUUGCCAGCAUUGAGAUCCCCGGCUUCAGUCGCCCUCACCCCUGGCUGUCCCCGCUGCACCUGGCCUGCCGCUUCGGCCUAGCGGACAUCACCUACAUGCUCAUCAAGCGGGGUGCCGCCGUCAACGGCGGCGCGGCGGCAGCCUGCGCGCCCAAGAGCCCGCUGGAGGAAGCCCUGUCGUACGCGCGAGCUAACGCCCAGGCAUACGGCACCACCGCUGAGCGCUUGAACUACACCACGGUCAUGGAGCGGGCGUAUCUGGAAGCCACCCCCGAGAACCAGUCCGAGGUGGACGAGGCAACGGCGCAACAAAAGGCCAAGUACGACGAACUCCUGCAGCUGAUUGUGUACAAGGCGCAGCGGCUGGUCGAGGAGGGACCCAAGAACAAGUACGGGCAACCCACCAAGAGCCCCAAGGACUUCCUUGACAAGCCCCUGAAGGCCCUCAACGCGGGCAUGACCCUGGCUGACUGGACUCCGGAGGGGCUGGCGAAGCUGCCCGUACCCGGCAUGGGCGGCAUGGCUAUGCUGAAGAAGGGGAUCGAGAUGGUGUCUGGGGUGCUGGACUACAUGGAUCCCAUUGAGGCUUCACUCAGGGCGGUGGCCAUUGCGGCCAAGAUCCUCAUCAAGAUCUACCUGGAGAUGAUUCGGCGCCCCAUCGCGCUGUACGACCCCGCGCUGGCGUGCGCCCACGUGAUGCUGUGGCACCGCGCACCUAUUAACGUGGCGGACAAGCAGACGGCCAUCCUCAUAAGGGACAUCCUGGACAACGGCAACGCGCUCGAGGGCGCGGACACAAGCCAGUCCUACUACCGCUGGCUGGGCUUCAAAGUGGACGAGAAGGACACGCGCGACGAGGCCUGGGUGGCCACCGCAGUACAGCGCAUUUCCGUACUCAAGUCAAACUUUGAGUACGGAUACAUGAAAUUGAAUCUGGCCACCGAAGCUGGCGAGUACUUGCGCCUGCACAAGAAGUUCAUGGGCGAGGUGGACCAGACCAUCAUCAACACCGGCACAGAGAGUCUGAUGCCCCUCUACCUACAAGACAUGAUGAUGCUGGAAGGCGUGGCCGGCGCUGGACCCACAAAGGAGCCCUCCAAAAGCGCAAACGACAGCGGCGGCAAUGCCAGCAGCAUGGUGCGCGAUCUGAUCAAGUACUACAUUAAGACGAAGGCGGAGAAGCAGAAAGAUCUGGUGGAUGCGUACAAAGAGGAGGAGGAAAAGAAUAAGGAGGCAAAGAAUAAGGAGGCAUUGAAGGACUGGCUCAAUCGCUUCACCCUGGGGGAGGUGCCGCAGCAGGCAAACAGGGACGAGAUUGCCCGGGGCCUGCUGCCAACCUGGCUCUACCCCACCCCAGGAGCUGCAGCGAAGGGGGGCGCACCGGCAGACGAGGCGGCUGCGGCGCCCGCCAACCCUCCUCCGCAGACGGAGGCCGAGGUCAUUGAGCUCAUCGCUCAAAGGUUUGCCGCGUACUCCCCCGAAACCCAGGUACCAAAGACGUUUCCUGCGCCGCCCAAGGUGGAAGAGAAGAACCCCUUCUUCCAAAUGCUGUACAAGAGAGUCGACGCAAUCACCUGGGACUGGCCCGAGGUGACGCCGGAGGAGCUGGAGGAGGCGAAGCCCACCGUGACGGACCUCAGCGACGUGGAUGUGUGCAGGGCCGUGGUGCGCGCGGUCAACUUCAAGCGCAGCGAGUCUGUGGCGGCUCGCAGCGCCGAGCUGAACAAAGUGGCGGCGGGGCGCGCAGAGCUGAUGAUGAAGGUGUUGAAAGCGGAGAUGAUACGCAAGGCGCAGAUGGCAAAGGCCCGCAUCGACGAGACCAAGCUGCGGCUGGCGGAGGGGGUGCAGUUCGACGAGGAGGCCAUCUUCUCCUCCGCCCUGGAGGACCCCGCAUGGGAGGCGGCGGCAGCCAAGCUAGGCGGCGGGGCGGUGGCGGCGGCGCUGCUGGUGCGGCUGCGGCGGGGCGGGCAGGCGGGGCGGCUGCCGCUCAUCGCCGACCCGCUGGAAUUUGCCAAGGGGCUGGGGCGGCAGGCGGUGGAGGCGCAGGACCCCGCGGCUCUGCUGGCGGGGAUUGAAAAGCAGCUGGGUGCGCCGCUGGAGCCGGGAAUACGGAACGCGCUGAAGCAGGACCUGCAGCAGGCGGCUGCCAGCAGCCCGGAGGAGGGCCCAGAAGCCGCUGCUGUGGGUGAGGAGCGUGACGCCUGUGACAUUGUUGACAAGCUGGAGGAGCAGGCGCUGAGUGCCGUACAAUCGCAGCCUGUCGAUCCGCGAGUGCUGGCUGAUGAGGCGAUGCGGCAGGUUCUGGAUGCGGUGGAGGACCCGGAUACCUACUGGGACGCUGCCUCUCGGAUGAUGCCUUCCUUCGCCGCGCCCCUGCUGUCGGCACUUCGUGAGGCGGUAGAGAGCGGCGAGCUGCCCCCGCCGCCCGACCCGCCGGAGGAGCUAUUCAGGGGCCUGACGGAGAUGGCAACCAAGCAGGGCUCGGACUACGUGUACAAGGUGUUUGAGGAGCGCAUUGGCACGAAACUCCCGCCCCAAGUGCGUGAUGCGGCCAAGGCGGCCUACCAGCGCUUAUCCGAGCGGGUGGCCGAGGCCUACGGCGAGGGCGGUUUUGGCGCCGUGUUUGAGGCCGUGGAGAACGCGGUGGCGGAUGGCCUUGAGGCGACUGAGACGUUGGUAAUGGACUACGUGGACGUCGCGGAGGAGAUACAGGAGCGGGGUCAGCAGGUGGUGGCGGACGUGGUGGCGCGGAUUGAGGUGGUGCAGGAGGGCGGCGCGGAGCAGAUAAUGCAGAUGCUGGAGGGAACCAAGCUGCCCAUACCCCUGCCUCGCCAGCUGGGCCAGCUGCGCUCCGAGCUGAGGACGGUGCUGGAAGCCGCCAGCCAAGCCACGGGGCAGCUCAGUGACUUCACCAAGCAGCUCACCGGAUCGGUUCAGGCGCUGCUGGGUGAUGCGGAUGCGGUGGCGGGUGAGGGGCUGGACGCGGCUACCGCUCUAGGGGAGCAAAUGGCGGCGGCGCUGGAGAGCGUGUUUGAGACCCUGCAAGCAGACCUCGAGGAGGCAACAGAUCAGCUCAUGGCGGGUCUGGAGCGCAUGCUUGAGGUGGACGCGGUGGCGCUCCAGGAGGCGAUGGGGGCGGCACAUGAGGUGCUGCUGAAGCUGCUAGAGCUGCUGGGCAUCAAUGACUCGGAGAACGGUGGGGGCAACAACGACUAGACAGCUCGACGGGAGCUACGGUCGGUAUAACGUACGUUUGGUAGCCCCUGGCUGCUGGCUGGUGCCGCGAGCCUGGAGUGAUGGGAGGCGGGCAGGGAGGAGCAGCAGCAGGGGUUUGCUGAAUAUUGCUCUAACUACAAGAGUGGGAAGCGGAGAGAGGUGGAAGCGGGAGGGUGGAACAAAUCGCUUGCAUAGAAUUCCGAGAUCUUGGGGCUGGGCUCUCUGCGGUUGCCAUCUUUCUUAACCGCUGGGAGAAGGGAACAAGGUGCGUAUGGGAGCAGUACAAUGGGUGGCGUGCAGUACGUACGGAGGGAGCUUGGAUGCCCAAGAGGGACUAGAUAGCUGAUGAUGGGGUGGGCGGGCAGUGUUGCACACAUGCGUUGCGUUGCAUGGAUACGCGGGGUGCGAAUAAUGUGAAGAAAGCUGGCAUGUGUGUGCGCAUGUUGUUCGCUGCUGGUACAGGCAGGGUGUUUGCUGCUGGCAUGCGUGCGCAAAGAUGAUGAGAUGGGCUGAGCUUGCUGGACCAGGAGCUUGAUUAGUCUUAACUGCCAAUAAUGCAGUUGGCUGGCAAUCUAGCAGGGACAUGAAAGAGGAAUGGACAUACUGAUUCAUCAGGGCUUUAUGUUUCCGUACACGUGUCAAGAAAUGUGAGGGAGUACGGCGAUAGAAGAAUUUGAGUGAAACUUUAUCAUUGGAUCAAGAAGGAUGGCACGCGUGGUUGUUCUACUUGGAUUCCAGUUGCGCCGUGUUGCCGUACACAACGUCAUCAUCGUUGUCGUAGUAUCCUGUUUUCGUUCCUUAACAUGAUGGAGCGGUAUUAGCGCGACCGGAUUCAAGGACAUCUGUGUGAUUUGGAGGCCAUGGCAUACAUGGCCUUGUUCAUUUGAAGGUCCAGGCGCCGUGAGGCGUCGUGGCAGACAUACCACCUGCUGUGGCAGACAACCCAAGCCACCCAAAAGUAGUAUUUUGCUCCGUCCACAGAGCAUGUGGUUUAGCAGACAUUUGGUUUACAGGACUUCUGGUCACCAUACAUGCCUUGCUGCGCCCCGUGCGUAAUCUUGUGAGUCUUGCUUGCUGCGCCGUGUACCGUUAUACGUUCCAUAGGGCCCAUACUAGCUGGUCUGUCGUCGGCAAAGCAUGCUUACGGUUCGGUUGUUUGGGGCUAGCUAACACCUUGUGUAUGUGACCGGAUAAGAACAAUGGCCCCGUUGGAAGUUGAACGUUGGUGUUUUCCACGGUACGAGAUGCAGGGGUUUCAUUCCAUAAAGCUGCCGUUGUUUGCCCAAUCACGCACGCACGGGCGCAUGUGUCGUAUGGCACCUUACGCCGCGUUGUCGUCUGCAUGCCUCCUCCCUGACAUCUUGUUUCCUACCUGUGGGUAUAUUAAUUUGCUAUACUUGCCGUGUCUAAAACACUUGAGCAGUCAUACCGGUACGCACAGUCUCAUAUGAGAACUGGAUGACAACAGGGUGGAGACCCUGCCUAUGGUUUCGUCCAUUUGUUCCUGGUAGAAGCUGAAAUGGAGGCGUGUGGAUGGGGCUUCUUUCUGCGUGGCGUGGAAUACAUGGCCGUAUUCAUUUGAAGGUCCAGGCGCCGUGAGGCGUCGUGGCAGACAUACCACCUGCUGUGGCAGACAACCCACCCAAAAGUAGUAUCCUGCUCCGUCCAUAGAACAUGUGGUUUAGCAGACAUUUGGUUUACAGGACUUCUGGUCACCAUACAUGCCUUGCUGCGCCCCGUGCGUAAUCUUGUGUGUCUUGCUUGCUGCGCCGUGUACCGUUAUACGUUCCAUAGGGCCCAUUCUAGCUGGUCUGUCGUCAGCAAAGCAUGCUUACUUACGGUUCGGUUGUUUGGGGCUAGCUAACACCUUGUGUAUGUGACCGGAUAAGAACAAUGGCCCCGUUGGAAGUUGGACGUUGGUGUUUUCCACGGUACGAGAUGCAGGGGUUUCAUUCCAUAAAAGCUGCCGCUGUUUGCCCAAUCACGCAGCACGCACGGGCGCAUGUGUCGUUAUGGCACCUCACGCCGCGUUGUCGUCUGCAUGCAUGCCUCCUCCCUGACAUCUUGUUUCCUGUGGGUAUAUUAAUUUGCUAUACUUGCCGUGUCUAAAACACUUUAGCAAUCAUACCGGUACGCACAGUCUCAUGUGAGAACUGGAUGACAACAGGGUGGAGACCCUGCCUAUGGUUUCGUCCAUUUGUUCCUGGUAGAAGCUGAAACGGAGGCGUGUGGAUGGGGCUUCUUUCUGCGUGGCGUGGCGUGGAAUGCGUGCGUGUUUAGACAUCGAAGAGUGUCCUGCUGGGAUUCUCUAUCUGGCGCGCGCACGCGCUGCUGUCUCUGUUGGGGUUCUGUUUUACGGGCGGUGUUGUCACGGGCCUGUGGUCUUGUGUGUUAAAAUAACUGGCCGCGAGGCGAAACGUACUGUGAUUGGUCUUGUGUGUGUGUUGGUGUUUUGCCCUAGUGUUUGCUUGUAGAGGUUUUGCUGAUGAGGGGCCAUUUCUUGGCUUCUACCCUCGUUUUUUUACCUCUCUUGUGGCCCCUUUUGGGCUGUGUUGCCUGUGUCCUGCUGGCCUGUUGUGGUGUUGUCUUUACGGCGUGCGUUCAUACCCGCGUUUCCUUGUAGAGAACCAUUGUAACGGUCCUUCAUUCAAUCACUGGAAGACCAGGGGUAGAGCCCAAUCCUCUUG